UUUGUUUUCUCCCCUCUCUCAGCACUUCCAAAUGUAUCGAUGCAAAUGUUGUUGGACAAUACAAAACUCCUGUGACCCCUUUGCCUCUCUCCCAGCAUGAAGUUGGAAAGUUCCAGUUGAUGAUUGUUCUAUUCCCUUCCAGCUUUGCUCUAUCCAACACCCAGGAAGGAGGGAGACCAAGAUGCCAGCAGCACUGAAAACAGGAGGGGAGGGUGUCUUAAGUAAAAUGAAGUACGUGCAGGGUGCCAAACUCCAAGCGAGUCAAUCCCAGGACAAGCCACAUGCAGCGUCUCAGGGCGUUCAGUGUGGAUGGGGCCACGGCUGCUGAGGAGUAGCAGCUUGAAGGGGUUGGAGUGUUUUAACCAGAAAGGGUUGUGGAGUGAAGAUGCACGUUAGUGCCUGGUUUCUAUUGGUUUACUGGCUUUAUGCGUACACUGAAUUCUCCCAGCAGUGCCCGUUCCAGCACAUCUGUCCAAAAGAGGCACGCCUGGACAGGGGGUCAGAGAUCCAGGUCAAGGAGCAGAUUCAUCACAGUUUGGGGCACCAGCACAGAUCUCACAGGAGCAGACAACAACAACAUCGAAAAGCUUUUGUUUCAGGCCUCGGAGUUCAUGGGGAGGACAUGCCCCCACACAUAGUCCAUCAGCCCUCUGACGUUGUGGUGAAAGUUGGCAAUCCUGCCACACUCUCCUGCCGUGCAGAUGGCAGCCCAAAGCCCACCAUCCAGUGGCUGCGCAACGGUCAGCCUCUCAGAACCAGAGAGGGAGACGGCCAGCUGCAACCCAUGGUUCUGUCUGACGGGAACCUUUUCUUUUUGAGCGUGGGAGGGGCAAGGCGUGGUUCACCACACGAGGGCGUCUAUUCCUGUGUUGCCAGUAACAGUGCUGGCAAGGCUGUCAGCCGCAAUGCAUCCUUGCAUAUUGCUGAGUUACAGGACGAGUUCAGUGUACAACCCAGAGAUGUAGAGGUGGCAGAGGGGGAGCUUGCCGUCCUAAACUGUGUCCCUCCAGUGGGACACCCAGAGCCUAAUGUCAUGUGGAAGAAGGAUGGCAUACCCAUCAACAUCUCAGACCAUCGCUACAUUGAGCUCAGUGGGAAGCUGAUCAUAGCUCCUGCAGAGAAGAACCACUCCGGUGCCUAUGUGUGUGUGGCCACAAACAUCAUGGGGAUGAGAGAGAGCAGGGCAGCUCGCCUCUCUGUGCUGGCAAAGCCAGUGUUGACACUGACACCAGAAAAUGCUACUGUCAUGGUGGGAGACUCCGCCCACUUCUACUGUCAAGCAAAAGGCGAUCCUCCCCCUUCAGUGGUCUGGAGCCGAGAGGGGGGGGCUCUGCCCAAUGGCAGGUAUCUUGUGAAACCAGACCAGACCCUUCAGCUCUUUUAUAUCACAACUCAAGAUGCAGGAAAGUACAUGUGCACUGCAGUCAAUGAUGCUGGCAUGGCCACUGCCGGCGCACAGCUACUAGUUAAAGAGUCUGCGAGCACUGAGCAAAGAGACUUCCACAAAGAACUGUCAGCUCUGCGGGUGACUCUGGAGAACAUCACCAUCAUGGCCACAGGGUCCAACAUAUCUUUAGUUCGCUGGGCGCCCCAGCACAUCCCAUCCCAGCCACACUACCUGGAUGGCUUUGAGGUGCUCUAUCGCUCUGUUCUGCCUGCCAGAUCGGACUGGGCAGCUAAAAAAGUCAGCGUGCCCAAAUUCCAGACUCAUGUAGGCCCCUUGAAAAGGGGAUAUAAGUAUGAAUUUAAAGUUCGCCCCUAUGGAAGCAACUUGUACGGAAGAGAAAGCAACACACAGGACCUCAGAGUCCCAGAGAAAGUCCCCAGUGCACCCCCGUUGGCGGUGUCCAUGACAGUGAACCAUGAACAGAACAACACCAUCAGGUUGAGCUGGGAGCCUCCACCUCCUGAAAGCCACAACGGCAUCAUACAGGGAUACCAGGUGUGGUGUGUGGAGUCUGAAGAAAAGCUAUAUCAAAACUGGACCGUGGACAGCAGCCAAAUGAGCCUGAAUGUCUCAAAUCUGAAAGCAGGGAAACAGUACUGGAUCACCAUGGCAGCAGUCAAUGGAGCUGGAGUGGGAAUGCUCAGUGACCCUCAGGAAUUACUGAUCUACCCAAAGACACGCAGCCUGAACGAGUCAGACAAGCAAAGCCGAGACCUGUUUCAUGUCAUGGAUCUGCUCUACAAUCCAGUGGUGAUUGGUUUUCUCAGUGCCUUCCUGUGCUGCAGCCUUGUGGUCACCGCCAUCUUCCUUUUCAGACGCCACAGCCACGCUGGCAAGCUGUUCCCUGGACCCGGCAAAACUAAGGGUGAUUGCAGGCUGACCAGUGAAGACCUCAUCAUCAAGCACAGGAUGGCAGCUCCAGAUUCUUCAUGGAUAUCUGGAAGCUGGAGACCUGCCUUCAAGCACAAGUAUCAGGAUUUAUGGGCUCAGGGUCAGAAACACCCCGGAAUCCGGAGCACCAGUCUCCCGGAUUCAUCCAAGCACAGCAGCAGCCUGGACUGUUCGGUUCCCAUGGUGACAGACAGCUGUGGUGUCUAUAGGACCUUUUAUGUUGACCUCACAGGGAGCACCCUUCAGACCUUCAACAGUCCCAGGCGCUCUCCUAAAAUGCCUCAUGGUCUGCCUGCUCAACAAGGACAAGAGACCAUUCAGAUAUUUCCUCAGUGCCCCUCCAGCUCCCCGUCUGCCAGCAGUCGGGAGUCUCUGCCGUGGAAACAAGUCAUCCGCCCUCAGCCAAAGAUGGGUGUGCUGAGGGAAUGCUGGGAGAAGAAACACAACAAGCAAGAGCUGCAUGCAGUGAACAGUGUUCCUGUGCUGUCAUCCAGAAGUCAGGCGUGUUUCUACAAGCAACGACUCAGCCACACACCAGUGCCCGACUGUUGUAAAGGUGACGGCAGCUCUCGUCUGCUGCAUUGUUCUGCAUCACUGCACCUCCUGGACGUGCUGCCCCCUCCACCAGCGGAGGACGCGUCAGACAAACGCAGCCUCUCUUCAGAUGAAGGUUCCAGUCAUUCCACUAAGCUGACAGAAGAUGUUGGCUCCAUCCAGUCAGUCCCUCCUGCAUCAGGCCUCCUGUACCAACCAGCAGGACCAACCAGCAGCUGCCCCUCCCUCUGCCACCAGUCAUGCUCCAUGUCACUGGACAAUGACACAGGUGGGACUCUGACUUCACAGGAGGACACUGUGUAUCUGGAACUCAGUCCUAAACCAGAAAGGAGGAGUGUUCUGCCAGAGCAGCGUCCUGCCAUGACUCAGUACCCGUCCUCUGCCCUGGGCAGCAUCUGUGGGCCAGUCUGCUCCUCUCUACUGCAUGAGAGCGCCACAAACAAGCUGGAGUUUUUACCCAUCGCUCUGCGUCACGCCCGCCUUCAGAGCUCGCCGUCGUCCUGCUACAGUGACUGGGACGGCUCCCUGUGGAACACCUGGAGCUCAGUCAUGGACGGCAACCUGGACAGCGCCCGCACCAGCCUCAUCAGCUCAGUGGACAGCUGCUACACCGCAGACAGCGCCACCUUCGCCCACAUGCUGGCAGUGGCAGCAGAGAGCAUGAGCGGAGCUUCACUGACAGAUCUCUCCCCACCGGCCUCCCCCCUCAGUGCCUUGUACCCAUCGCAGUGGGGAGACACUGACUCCUUCGGGGAGCCUGUCCCUGUGUGGGACUGGAGCGUAGCCUGGAUGGAGGAAAUGGACGCCCAGUACAAAGCCCUCUAUCCUGGAAGACUCCCCUCUGAGACAUAGAGGCUGGCAGUGAAAAGAAAAACAAGCAUCUCUGUGAACGUACAAAAGACCUGAGACAUCCAGUGACCUGAGACAUCCAGUGACCUGAGACAUCCAGUCACCUGAGACAUCCAGUCACCUGAGACAUCCAGUGACCUGAAACAUCCAGUCACCUGAGUCAUCCAGUCACCUGAGACAUACAGUCACCUGAGUCAUCCAGUCACCCGAGACAUCCAGUCACCUGACACAUCCAGUCACCUGAGUCAUCCAGUCACCUGAGACAUCCAGUGACCUGAGACAGCCAGUCACCUGAGACAUCCAGUGACCUGAGACAUCCAGUGACCUGAGACAGCCAGUCACCUGAGACAUCCAGUGACCUGAGACAUCCAGUGACCUGAGACAUCCAGUGACCAGAGACAGCCAGUCACCUGAGACAUCCAGUGACCUGAGACAUCCAGUCACCUGAGACAUCCAGUCACCUGAGUCAUCCAGUCACCUGAGACAUCCAGUCACCUGAGACAUCCAGUCACCUGAGACAUCCAGUCACCUGAGUCAUCCAGUCACCUGAGACAUCCAGUCACCUGAGACAUCCAGUCACCUCAGUCAUCCGGUCACCUGAGUCAUCCAGUGACCUGAGACAUCCAGUGACCUGAGACAUCCAGUCACCUGAGACAUCCAGUCACCUGAGACAUCCAGUCACCUGAGUCAUCCAGUCACCUGAGACAUCCAGUGACCCGAGACAUCCAGUGACCUGAGUCAUCCAGUGACCUGAGACAUCCAGUCACCUGAGUCAUCCAGUCACCUGAGACAUACAUUCACCUGAGUCAUCCAGUCACCCGAGACAUCCAGUCACCUGAGACAUCCAGUCACCUGAGACAUCCAGUGACCUGAGACAUCCAGUCACCUGAGUCAUCCAGUCACCUGAGACAUCCAGUCACCUGA